CCACAAGGGUCGUAGAGAACACUUCAUUGUGCCGUCUGAGGGAGCCUUCUAAAUUUAUUCUGCACGCAUAUUUUUGUAUUAAUUUUUUGCCGUUUGUGCCUAAAGAAAAGGGAAGAAUGUCGUUUAUUGAUGAUUUUAUUUAUCGUAGAGGCAUCCUCCUGAAUAGUUUUGUUGAUCCAAAAGAGGAGGAGCUUGACACGGAUGAUCUUGAGGUUGCACUGAUUAACGAGUCUUUCGAGGAACAAAUGAAACAACGUGAGCUCUUCAGUAAUAGCGACCUCAAGUCUUUGUUCUACAAUGGUAAGCAGACUACAACGGCAGCAUUUUUAAAUAAUGAGCAAACGCACUCACAGAAGCACAAGGAUUCAACGGAUUCUUCUUUACUGAUAAAAAUAUUACCGACUAGUUCUCCAAUUCGCUGGCCUCAUAUUACGCCCCAUUCAGAUUUUGAUGACUCGGAACGCGGCCGCCAACUAGACAUGGAAUUGGGACGAAUGAUGCUUGAAGGGGAGGAUGAAGAAGAAUCAACAUUUAUGAGUUCUUUUGACGACAGCGGCUGCAAAUCAACUUCUUUGACAAAAUAUUUGGAUAAAAGUGCGGAUGGAACAAGCGACGAUAAGACAGAAGAAGCCGAAACUUAUAUGGACAGUAAAGAAGAUAUUUCUAAAAAAUUACCUUCAUCUUUGAAUUCUGCUUCGAUACUUGAACAAAUGGCUGCUUUUACAACGCCGGCAACAAACACACAAAAUUACAAUAUUUCGUCGCUAACUUUUUUGCCAUAUCAUCAUAUGGCCGGAGGUUUCUUUUCUUCCUCUUCAUUUGAAUCCGCGACGUCUCAACAGGAAGAUGAAGUUAUGGCGGCUGCUUGUGCUGAUGCUGCGGAAGCUAUUGCAAAUGAUGUAGUCCAAUCUUUGUUUGCCGAUGAGCAAUAUACUCAAUCUGAGUUGGGUUUAACUGACGAUGAGGCUGAAGAUGAAGAAGAAGAAAAAUAUAAGAAUAAUAAUUUGGCAAUGACUUCAACUGCUAUUUCUCUUCAUUCAACCUCUCCAAAUAGUAAUUCUUUUUCGUCAUGCUCUUCUUUUUGUGAAAUCAACAAAACUAACGAAAAUGACUUAAAAUUUUGAAAGUAAAAAAUUCUCUGAACGAGAAAAAAAGGUAAAAACAAUAAAAGGUAAAAAAUAUAUAAGCAACCCAUAAUUGAAUAUUCAUUCAUUAAAUAUAUAUUUGUUUUCUGAUUUGAGAGAAAAUAUAACUUUUCUGAAUAUAUUAAUUUUUAAUUUUUUGUGAAGUUUAUGUGUGUUAGAGAAAGGCCCAUUUCCUUGUUUCAGUUUUUUAGUUGGAAUAUCAAUCCUAGGUUAAUAAACCUUGUAUUUUUGAUGGAGAAUCCACUAUUAAAAUUUUUCUCAAAAUAAGUGAAGAUUUAAAAAAAUUAAAUUUCAAGAAUUUUUAAGAAAAAAAACAAAAGUUCUCUCAACACACAUAAACUUCACUCAUUCUUGCUUAUAUUUUCCUUUCUUUUUUAUUAUUCGGCACCACCAAUACCUACAUAUAAAUAUUUUUUUAAAAGCACAGCACAAAACACAAGUAUUCGCUUCGUUCGAAUAUUUUUCAGUUUCUUGUGUUUUCCUCUCUCUUUUUCUUUCUCUAUUCAAAUUUACUUGCUGGACACAAUCACCAAUCUGCUACUUUUUGGGGAGUUUUUUUAAACUCCCGAAUUUUGUGUGUCUCGGCCUUUUUUUUAAAUAUAUAACCAACUUUUUAAAACUAGUUUUUUUUGUAACUACUUGCACUAUGAUUUUUUUAUUGCUGC